AUGCCACUCAGACGGGCAACACGGAGGACGUGGCCAGCAAGAUUGCUGAGGCGACAGGGUCGGAGGCUUCCGAUUACGAUGGUGAAGAUUUUGCUGACCUGGAAGGAGUCAUUGCUGGCUGCCCAACGUGGAACACUGGAGCAGACGAGUACCGAUCUGGCACAACCUGGGAUGAUUAUUUGGACACCAUCAAGGAGUCCGACCUCAGCGGCAAGAAGGUUGCCAUCUUCGGCUGCGGCGAUUCCCAGAGCUACGCAGACAACUUCUGCGACGGCAUUGAGGAACUCCAUGACGCCUUCAAGGCAGCUGGUGCCACGAUGA